UUACAUUGCUUUGGGUUUCUGUUUCUCCUCGGUUUUGUUGUGCUGAGCUGUAUCACGAUUAAAAAUUCUCUUUUUGUACUUUGCGUUCCGUUUCUUUUUUCUUAAAUCUUUAAGAGAAUAUUCCCAAUAAAAUUCUUCAUUGCAUUUACUCAGUUUUAGUGUUUAAAAAAAAGUGGAACGCGCGAAGUUUCUUCUUUUUUUCAUUUUGCUGUUGUUUUGGAAUCGCAUAAAAAUAGACAAUGAGUGACGACGAACGGGACAUAGAUAUUGAAAGUGAUGAUGAUGUUGAUUCCGAUGGACGAACACAAUCGCGGACCGCAGUCUCGCAAUAUUCGAGUCAGGCGGAAAAACGAGCUCAUCACAAUGCGCUAGAACGAAAACGACGAGAUCACAUAAAAGAUAGUUUUACAGCGCUUCGAGAUGCAGUUCCGUCUUUACAAGGCGAAAAAGUGGCGAGUCGAGCGCAAAUUUUGAAAAAAGCUGCCGAAUACAUAACAUUCAUGAAACGAAAAAAUCAAAACCAUCAGUCUGGCAACGAUGAUUUAAAGCGUCAGAACAGUCAUUUGGACCAGCAAAUACGACAGUUGGAACGACAGUUGACUGCAGCUGGUGAGACUGAUUUAUUGCGAAAUGAACAUCAUACAUCUGAAUCGGAUAUGUCCGAUAUCGAUGACGAAGAAUCACAAGUGGAUAUUGUAUCGACACCGCAACCAAAUGCGAAAAAAACAAAAACCUCAUACAAUGCAAAAGUUAUGUACCAAUGAGAUGGAUACAUUCAUGAUGUGGACAACUGCCGUAAAACGAUUUGCAAUUAUUAUCUAUCUCGCUAUGAAUCGUUAAAGCAAUUGUUGUUCUUGCGAGCACAUACAAAUAAUAAUAAGAAUAAUAAAUUUUUAGGCUCUUAGCAUGUAAAUUCUUCCAUUAUAAGAAAACGUGUCUAGAUAAAUGGCAAGUGCUGCAGUUAUGUUGCCACCGACAGUAAGGGCAUAAUUGCAUGUUUUUUUCAUCCUAUUUUGGAUUCCAAGCAUUUAUUUUUGUUUAUGUAAAAUACGAAAGAACAAAUCAAUCUCACUUCUUAAUUUCACCGUUAUAAUUAUAACUAUUGGCCAAAUUGAUAUCCAAAAACUAGAUUCCUUGAAAAUGAAAUGUGCACUGUGCACAGCAUAUUGAUCAGUUCAUCACAUCAUUCAAUAAUUAUUAUAAUGCCCCAGUAUGCAGUGCAAAUCAUUUUUCUUUUGUCACCUCUUUCUAUUCAACGUUUUGAUUCUCUCUAAUUUCCUCACUAAUGUGACAGCGAACCGCAUUUGUUCAGAUCAAAUACGAAACUCAAUUCAAAACUAUGUGAAAAUGUCAACAACAUCAAAAAAAAAAAA